UCAAACAACAAACAUCAAAUUAAAAACAAUCAACUAAGUUCUUUUGUUUCAAACUAAAAAGUGGUUUUGUGUUUAGAUUUCAAUCGACCAAAUCAAAUUCAUCAAAAUGAACAAACAAGUGUUAUUCUUCAUUUUCGUUUCUUCUCUUGUUCUCUGUGUUUCGUUGGUUCGGGCUGAAGAAGAAGAAGAGUUUGAAGAUUCUUUCGACGGUCAACAAGAAGAGGCUAUUUUAGAAAGAGAAAGACGAGAUAUCUCAGCCGAUUUAGAAGGAGCCGAAUCAGCGGUUGCUGGUGGUGGAGGUGCUGGUCUUGCCGCUUUCAAGAAAGGUGCUGCUGGUGGCGGAGCUGCUGGAUAUCAAGCUGGUGGAGCAGGAAAAGCUGGUUAUGCUGCUGGAGCCAAGGGUGCUAAAGGUGGUGCUGCUUAUGGAGCCGCUGGAGCCGCGGGUGGUUCGAAGGGAGCUGCUGCCAAGGGUGGAUUCGCUUCUGGAGCUUUUGGUAAAAAGUAUGGAAAGAAAGGAGGAUUCGCUAAAGCCGGUGGUGCUGGAUACAAUAAGAAAUAUGGGCUUGUUAAGAAAUUCGGAAUGAGCCAAGGAUUCAAAUUCGGUAAAGCCGCUGGUUAUGGUGCUGCUGGAGGUGCUGUCGGAGGCAAAGCUGCCAGAGGAGGUUACACAGGCGCUUCAGGAGCAGCUGGGUACAAGGGAGGAAAAGUUGGUGGUGGUAAAGGCUUCGCCGCUGGAAUUGCAAGCUCUACUGGAGCCAAGGCUGGAGCUGGAGGAGCCAGUGGAUUUAAGAAAGCCGCUGGUGUUGCAGGAGCGGCUGGAGUUAAAGGAAUCGGUGGAGGAGUGGGUUAUGGAUUCGGUAGAUAAAUCUUUUCACUAUCUUUUUAUGAUCUUAUUAGUGUGAAAAUUUUCACUACGUUAAUUGUUUAAGUAUCUAUUUUCUAAAUAAUUUAUUCACUUGAUUACUUAAAAACGAAAUCUUUUUGUCCAAAACUAAAUGCCUUUGUAAUCAUCAGCUGUCAUAUUCACAACUGGAAUUUAAUCAAAUGUCUCUGUCUUUACUGCAACUAUUUUCAUGAUCAAUUUACUUGUAACCUCCCUCAGUACUCAAUAUUCAUCAUGCUCUUUUCAGGCAUCGAUCGUUGUUAUUAUACAAAUUUAAACAAACCAAAACAAUUCACAAACUAA